AUGGUGAACAAACCAUGGAGGAUCAUACCAAGGCCGUUGAUAGAAACAGUGCUAAACAACCACGCUCAGCACCACCGUGUUCCUCAGCCUCUGAUCCUCCACGGCCCCAGAGGCGUCGGAAAAACCACUCUCAUCCUCGAACGUCUGCUCAACGACUGGAACAAAGGCCCUCACCUCACUGGCUACGUAGACUUCGCCGAGUCCAUCAAAGACCACCACCCACAAUUCAAUCAGUCGUUUCCUUGGGCUUCUUGGUCCAAUUGCCCACCACCCACUUUGUCCGAUUGCAGAACCAAGCUUGAGAGCUGCCUCGAAUCCAUGACUCACAAGGGCGUCCUGCUUGGUUCCAUUAGCUCCCAUCAAAUUUUCUCUACUCUCAACAAAUGGCACGGUAUUAACACGGCGCUCCGCCGCGUUAUUGAGGGCAAUAGUGCGUCCAAGAAUGCGGUUUCUGAUAGAGUUUCGGGUUCUGUUUUGUGGGAUCGGGCCGUUUUCGCUCUAAGUGCUCGAUGUAAUGCCGAAGAGAUUGAUGGGAUUUUGGGUUUGCGUGAGAAGCGGAAGAGUUUGCCAUUGGAAGAGGCUUCGUAUUAUAGGGAAGCUGUAGUGGCAUUGAGAUUGGCAAAGGAGGUGAUUAAGGUCCAACAAAGUUGGAGGGCUAAUGCAAUUGCACAUUUAAAUCGGACAGGUGGGUUUUCGAGGUUUUUAGCAAAUUCGUGCACUGAUUGGCCCUGUUUGUUGUUGGAGUUGUUAUCUCAAGCUGCUGAAAUUGAUCAUUUCCAGCCUAAGCUGGUUAUAAACAAUAUCGAAGUUUUACGGGAUGCAAUUUUGUUAGAUGAGAAUUCGUCAGUCUGUGGAUCAAUGUAUCAUGACAGUCUGAUAUGGAGAAUAAUAGCUUUAGGUGCAAACGAGAGGUGCAUUCCUGUUGUUCUUGUGACAUCGGAUAGUUACUAUUCAUACCGGGCUUACAUGGAUUUUGGAUUUCCAGACAUAUUCAUCUCUCGUGAGACCUUUGGCUGGAAUCCCCAAGAAGCUAAAUUGCAUAUGGUUAAUGAUUAUUUCAGUCAAUCAGAGUGGUUGGUUAUUGCUGAGGUGUUUGGUCCAAACCCUAGACACUUAUUUGAGCUAUAUGCACUCAAGCAGGGCAAUUACUAUCAGCAGUUAGAGGACAACAAAGAUAGCACAUUUGAGGACAUCGUGGAUGCAUAUUUAGCAUAUUUGCAAAUUACUGUAGUGAAUCCUGCCAUGGAGAAAGCACUGGGGCUUCUACAAAAGUUUGCUGUUGAUGCACACAGUGGAAAAAUUUCAAAAGACAGACUACGCUUUGGUGCACCUUGGAGACAUCCUCCACCAACAGAUGAUCCUGCCUUGUGCCGUCAAUGGGCAAAGGUUCAGCUGAUGGAUUUUGUGCAGUCCCUAGUCAAUACAGAAUUUGGAGUUAAUUAUCUAGCUGACUGUAGCCUUGAGCUCUUGGAUGAUCCUUCUACUGUUGCAUUGCUGGAGGUUGGUUUGCUCUAUGCUCAACGGGAUCCAUCCAUCAUUCGCCCCAUAUCUAGGGGAAUUCAGCGAUGCAUUGUAAGAUGGCUUGUCCAAGAAAGGAUGCAGAUGAGUUCCCCGAAGUUGCUCCAAUAUCUAUGGCAGCGUAUUAUGCUUGGCCGUAGCUAUCGUCAUUUGAUGCUAGAAGUAGGCUAUAAGUAG